AUGCCGACCACUGUGAUUCUCGGCUCUCAAUGGGGAGAUGAAGGGAAAGGAAAGCUGACGGACAUUCUUGCUACUGACGCGCAACUCUGUGCGCGAGCCGCCGGAGGUCACAACGCAGGGCAUCAAAUUGUUACCCAGGGUGUGUCAUACAGUUUCCACCUUCUUCCUUCUGGUCUUAUCAACCCGAAUUGCACGAACUUGAUUGGUUCGGGUGUUGUUUUCCAUGUCCCAUCAUUCUUCAGCGAGCUCAAGGAACUUGAUGAGAAAGGCCUUCCCCAAGUUUACGAUCGCAUUCUCGUCUCGGACCGAGUUCAUAUCAACUUGGACCUUCACCUUGCUGUCGAUGGCCUUGAAGAGGUUGAGCUUGGAGAGCAUAAAAUUGGAACCACAGGUCGUGGAAUUGGCCCAUGUUACAGUACAAAGGCUGCACGAAGUGGUAUUCGAUUAGCAGAGGUCUUCAACACUGAGCUGUUUGAGUUAAAACUUCGGCGACUUGCAUCAGGCUUCGCCAAGAGAUAUGGGGACUUAUUGAGAUAUGACGUUGAGGACGAAAUCGCCCGUUUUAGAGAAUAUCGUCCGAAGCUUGCUAGAUUCGCCAUCGAUGCCGUGCCCUUCAUGCAGUCUGCCCAAGAGAACAACAUGAACAUUCUUGUGGAGGGUGCCAACAUACAACCCGAGUUGGGAUGGGCAGUUUCAAAACUGAAGAUCUCGGAGAAGUUGGCACGAAACUCCAGGAAUUGGGCAAGGAAUGGGGAACGUCCACUGGUCGACGGCGUCGUUGUGGUUGAUCUUGUGGUCCUUCGAUAUAGCAUGGCUAUCAAUUAUUAUACAGCACUUAACUUAACUAAGCUGGACGUGCUGGAUACAUUCGAGACGAUUAAGAUCGCUGUGGCGUACAAGGACCCUGAAUCCGGUGAGGAGUUGGUUUCGUACCCUUCGGAUCCUGAUACUCUCGAUCGAGCUCAUGUUGUUUAUCAUGAGAUGCCGGGGUGGAAGAGACCGACCACGAACGUGAAGACCUUCGAUGAUCUUCCCAAGCAGGCGCAAGACUAUGUCAAGUUCAUUGAAAGCUUUAUUGGAGUUAAGGUAAAAUGGAUUGGCACUGGCCCUGACCGGGAGAGCAUGAUAAAGAAAUAA